GUUGAACCAGCGCAGAAAGACGUCAGGUCGGACCUAUCUGAGCGGCGCGGCAAAGAGACGAAAAGCUGCGGAAGAAAAACUUUCGAUCGCAAAGUUGCCCAAGCUGUCGUCAACAACAGCUCAGUCACCACCAACCGUUGCACCAACUGGUUGCAGUUCACCGAGAAAGAUCGCGCUAUAUGGAUCAGUAAGGGUCCGGAAUUUUUCCAGAACAGAAAUAGCGAUUUCUCCGAUUCUGCCAGAAGUUAUACGGAACACGAUGAAAAAGUGAAACUUCGAUGCCUGAAACCAUCGGUGUUUACUCGGAAACUACAAAACGGCGAAACAGUUGACAGAUCCUGUUCUUCCAGAGGCUUCAACGAUUGGAAACAUUCCGGGGCGUGCAUUUCGGAACACGAGAACAGUCCAGGACACAAGCAAGCCAUCUUGACUAACGUGGCACGGAAGAAGAGCGUUGGUCUUGUUGAUGAAGGUUUGGCUACUCAACUGAACAACGAAAUGACUUACUGGAGAGAGGUGUUGAGAAUGAUUGUGGAGGUCGUAAAAUUCUUAGCAUCCAGAGGUCUGUCGUUCCGCGGGGACAACGAAGUCAUCGGAUCGCAACAUAACGGAAAUUAUUUGGGUGUGCUGGAACUGCUAAGCAAGUUUGAUCCAUUUCUUGACGACCAUUUGCACAAUCAUGCGAAUAAAGGUGCAGGACAUGUUUCCUACUUGUCAGCACCCAUUUGCGAUGAGUUCAUAGCUAUAAUGGGACAUCAAGUACUGGGCCAAAUCAUUUUGGAAUUAAAGAAAGCGAAGUACUACUCGAUAAGCGUCGACUCUACCCCUGACAUCAGCCACGUCGAUCAGCUCACUUUCGUGGUGCGGUACAUGAAGGACUGCUCCCCACUAGAACGAUUUUUCGAUUUCAUUCCGAUUGAACGGCAUGUAGCAGAGUACCUGUCCGAUACCGUUAUAUCUUUUUUUGAAGAAAACGGUAUAGAUUCACAGGACUGUCGUAGGCAGACGUACGACAACGCUCCAAACAUUGCAGGGCAGUAUAAUGGAUUUCAAGCAAAGCUCAAGGAACACUGCACCUGCGCCCUGCCGCUGAGGACCAUGGAUGACGAACGAGAAACUCUGGAAACGCAAAACGAAGCUCGAGGCAUUUUGGCGAAACUGGAAACGUUCGACUCUGUUCUGCUGACCGAGAUGUGGAGCAACAUUUUGGUCAGGUUGAGCGUUUUGCGAUUUGAAGAGCUACAAGGUCAUUGUCAAACUUUUAGCGAGUUUUAUACAAACGACGUCAACGAAAAAGAACUGCUGAUGGAAUGUGAACACUUUAAGCAUUAUUUGAUGCAGGAAAAAAUGUUCGGUGAUCACAUACCUAUCUAUAACAUGUACAAACUUUCAGAGAGUAACAAUCUUGCUGCCACGUGUAGAGAUCGCGUAAGAAUUUUCUUGUGCUUAAUGAUCACCAACGCCAGUGGUGAACGAUCAUUCUCCAAACUUAAAUUGAUCAAAAACGAACUGAGGAAUAUCAUGAGCCAGGAGAAACUCAAAUGGUUGUCGCUUAUGAGUAUAGAGAACGAUGUUCUUAGAGAUUCAGAAUUCAAAGAUGUAAUCGAGGAGUUCGCCAUUCGAAAGGCCCCAAAAAACUUGUGUGAUGAAUAA